AUUAGCAGUCCCCCAACAACGUCCUUUGGUCGAAGAGCAUUGCCUAGAAUCAGAAAACAUGCGAAAAUUCAACACCCACUAAUACCCACAGGUGGAGAACCGGAUUUGAGUCUUCGAUGUGUUCGAAGAACAAUGCUGGAAAAAAAAUUGGAAGGCCGCCCACUGGACAAUUGGCCAUCCUUCCCCUUGACCCCCAAAGUUAAGAUCGGUUGCCCAUACUCACAAUUACGUUGUUUGCACGUGACCUUCUUGGUUGUGGAGGCUGCAAGUAUGCCACCACAACAGCUUAACUUAAAAGCCCCGAUUCAUCUUGAAUUUCCUCUCGUCUGACCAACUGUAUCACUAUGGUGUUCAAAAUAGCCGGUUGGAUAAUCAGCUUCGAGCAAGCACGCACUUGGUUCGAUGGGCAGGAAUACAAACACGACCAUUUUGGCGACGAUUUCGUCGGUAUCGCGCUCAAUCGAUGGUUCGAAGAGAGGGACAUCGAUUAUCUGUGGGCUGUUGUCACCGACUACCCUCGAGGGAGCCGGCACGCAGUCAUCGUCUUAGUUCGAAGGCGCAGGGAAGAUCCCAAGUCGACUGUGUCCCACUACUAUCGUGUCAGAGAGUUGGAUGCAGACCGUGAAGUGAAGAAGCAGGUGAUGGAGGAGACUGGACUGAGUGAUGAAGAUCUACCUUGGGUCACUGUUGUGGAUCCGUUCUUCAUGAAUUAAUAUCGAUGUACCGAGUCUCGACGUGAAUGAAAUUGUAGCAAAAGGAUUGUUUGUAUGUUUUUAUAUAUGCGAAGUGAAGGAGAUCUCUGAACAAUGUUGGCCACUUCGGGGCAAAGUACAGUGGGACACAGCAGGCCCAUCGGCAUAUCUAAGCGGAGUACGGUAUCCGUCACUGUGUGCAACAGUGCCAAAGACUUACUUUGCCAUGGACAUCGAGAGCCUUUUUCUGCCAUGUGGCAACACAGUGAGCCUGCUGCUAUGAUAUACAUUGAUCUCAGCCGGUCCUUGCGAUGCGUUAGCCUCCUGACAGGCACGAAAGAAAAUGGGCAGAGUUGAUGCGGAGCAUGAACAUGGGGCAUUCCAAUAAUAUUCGCGGAAUGUUGUUGGGCGGCGUGGGCGGGAU